AAAGCAGCUACAGCCACCUUUGCAGCCAGCCAUGGUGGUUUUAUUGGGGGUUGGUUCUUGACUUCUUGUUGCGCAUAAACAUGGGGUUUUGUCACACAUGACACCACCACCCUCUGCCCCUAAUCGCUGGCUGGCCUUUCCCACUAUCGAUCCGUUCGUUCACCUAAAUAGUCCGGAUCCUCGGAGCACCUUGCGAGCUGCGGGAACCAAGAAGCCAACCACUCCGGGAAGCUCAGCUCAGCUCAAAAGUGCUGGGGUGGGGAGCUUCCCCGCACGAAAUGAGCGGCGCAUUGCCCGGAGCACACCGGCCAACGACCAAGAGGAGGGGGAGAAGAUGCUGCUAGCCGCGACCCAGGACGGCGGCGGCGGCGGAAGGGGGUUGGGGGUUAGCCCGGUGGUGCUGUUCGUGCUGGUGGUACUGGCCGUGGUGGUCUUCGUCAUCGGCCUGCUGCAUCUCCUGGUCAAGUUCUUGCGGUGGCGCGCCCGUGCGCGCGCGGCGGCCGCGGAGGGCGGGGAGAUGGCUGGUGGCGGUGGUGAGGGAGAGGAGUCGGCGCUGCAGCGGCAGCUGCAGCAGCUGUUCCACCUGCACGACUCCGGGCUGGACCAGGCCGUCAUCGACGCGCUGCCGGUGUUCCUCUACGCCGAGGUGGUGGUCGGCUCCGGCGCCAAGGAGCCGUUCGACUGCGCCGUCUGCCUGUGCGAGUUCGCCGGCGACGACCGGCUCCGGCUGCUGCCCCUCUGCGGCCACGCCUUCCACAUCGACUGCAUCGACACCUGGCUGCUCUCCAACUCCACGUGCCCGCUCUGCCGCCGCGCGCUCGCCGCCGACGACGCGGCCGCGCUCCUCCUCGACGCCGCGCUCGACGAGGACUGGAGAAAGCGGGAGGAGGACGCGGUGUUCCCCGUGCGCCUCGGCAAGUUCAAGAACACGUCCAGGGCGGCCGGCCCCGUCAACGCCGCCACGGGCGGCAUUGUGGAGGGCGACACGAGCAGCAGCAGCAGCCUGGACGCCAGGAGGUGCUACUCCAUGGGCUCCUACCAGUACGUCCUCGCCGAGGCCAGCCUGCAGGUGUCCGUCCACCGGCGGAACGGCGACGGCACGAAUGGUGGAGCGGAGAGGAUGAGGGGGGCGAGAGGGAUCGUCGCCAGCGCCGCCAAUCCGGCCGGCGGCCAGGGGAAGAAGAUUAGCGCGGGAAGCAAGGGCGACAGCUUCUCGGUGUCCAAGAUCUGGCAGUGGCCGCGCAACGGCAAGGGGAAGCUCCCCGUGCUCGCGUCCGACGGCGACUCGCCGGCGGUGGACGGCGCGUUGCAGUGGCCAAGGAGAAGCGUUGGGGAAUCGUGACAAGCACAAGACGAAUGACCAAAUGUGCUGCCUUUUUUGUCAUAGUAUGCAUGUGAGUUGCAACUUGCAAAUGCAAACUCUCUUGAGCCGGAGCAAUUUCUUCGUGUUUGCUGACCGAUCAAAAUCUGUUCAUAACUACUGUACUCGUUUACAGGUGAGUGUUGAUCUCUCAUUCUUCAACAGCGUUUAGUUUCAUGAUAAA